AUGUAUACGUCAAAAGGAGGUUUAUUGAUACUCAAACUUCUCAGGAAGAUGCUUGCAAGAAUCCUCAUAUUAUCUGGAAGACCAGGUUUCAGUGCAACUGACAAUGUUUAUGAUGAUUCAAGUUCAGUGGCAGAGGAUCUGCCAGAUGAUGUGAAGGAAGGACAUUUUGUGGUUCAUACAAUGGAUCAUGGUGAGCUGAGAAGGUUUGUUGUAGAAUUAGGUUAUUUAAGUGACCCUGGAUUCUUGAAGCUGUUGGAUCAAGCAGCGGAGGAAUUUGGGUUCAGACGAGAGGGAGUUCUUGUCCUUCCUUGUCAUCCCAAUGAGCUUCAGAGGAUUCUCAAGAAAAGGACAGAGAAAAAGAUAUGA